AUGAGUGACUGUUCAAAUUCAGACGAAUCGGCAAGCCCGUCUCCACCUAAAAAAAAGAAUAAAACUCAAAAGUACACGAAAAAGGAUCUUUACUAUGAUAAUGAUGAAGAUGAGGAUGAUGACGACGAGGAAGACGAGGAAGAGGAUGAUGUCGAUGAAGAUGAAGAACCUGCCUUGACCUCGAAAAAAAAGAGGAGAAUGAAUUUUGCAAUUAAGGAUAUGUUUCAUGAUGAAGCUUCGGUCGACGAAGACGAUGAAGAAGAAGAUGAAGAAUAUGACGACGAAGGGGAACUGAUUGGUCCGGAAGAUGAAGAAGCCCUGGACGCUGUACCUGCAGCUCGAGAAUUAGAUUCUCGCCGGAGAAUACGUGAGAUCAUGGACCAAGAUGAAGAGGAAAUAGAAAGAUAUUAUCAAGAGCGUUAUGAGAACCAAAAUUAUGUCGAUCGUUUUGGUGAUGGUGAGGCUAUGGCUGAUAGUAUUGUUCAAAAGGAACGUCUUCCAGGUAUCAAAGAUCCUAACCUCUGGGCACUUCGAUGUAAAAUGGGUGAAGAAAAGGCUACUGUACUUGCACUGAUGCGUAAAUUUAUAGCCUAUCAAUUUUCUGACACUCCACUACAAAUUAAAUCAGCCUUUGCUAAGGAAGGUUUGAAGGGUUAUAUUUAUGUUGAGGCUUUCAAGCAAACUCAUGUUAAACAAGCCAUAGACGGUAUAACAGCUUUACGACUUUCUAUGUACAAGCAACAACUUGUUCCAAUUGAAGAAAUGACAGAAGUUGUACGUGUGGUGAAAGAAACUGGUCAACUUAAACCUGACCAGUGGGUUCGGAUUAAAUCUGGACUCUAUCGUGAUGAUUUAGCAUUGGUUGAAUAUGUAGAGGAUGCACAAAAUUUAGUUGGUCUUAAGUUAGUUCCUCGAAUUGAUUAUGAAAGAAAACGUAAUCGUGGCACAGAAACAGAUGAUAACAAUAAGUUUAAACGUUUUAAGCGCCCAGCACCAGCACUAUUCAAUGCAUCAAAAUUAUCUGAUCGUGUACAACGUGAUGGAUCAUCAUUGGUUUUUGAGGGGAAUCGAUACGAUACUGAUGGAUUCUUGCAUAAACAAUUUCGUAUUAAUGCUGUUUUUACUGAAGGCAUUCGACCUACACUAGCUGAACUUGAACGAUUUCAUCAUACUCCUGAUAGUCUACAAAUAGCUGCUGCCGCUGCUAAUGCUGCAGCUAAUCUAACUUCGGCUGUUAAUGUUGAGAUUGCUUCAAACCACUGUUUCACUCCUGGAGAUGUUGUCGAAGUAUGUGAAGGUGAUCUUAAGAAUCUUCGUGGUAAAGUUGUCUCCAUUGAAGGCAAUAACAGGAUUAUUGUUCAGCCGAAUCAUUCUGACUUACGAGAACCCAUACCGUUUACACCAGUGGAAUUAAGAAAGUUCUUCAACCAAGGUGAUCAUGUCAAGGUCCUCAGUGGUCGACAUGUUAAUGAAACUGGUUUAGUCAUACGUUUUGAUCCCAGUCUAGCUGUUGUUUUAUCCGAUCAUAGUAUGAAUGAAAUGAAAGUUGCACCGAAGGAUUUACGUUUAUGGCAAGAUCGUGCUACAACUGUUGAAUCAUCUGGGCAUGUACAAUUGAUGGAUUUAGUGCAAGUUGACCCGCAAACUGUCGGUGUUGUUGUUCAUGUUGAACGUGACCAAGUUUCUGUACUAACAUGUUUUGGUAAAGUUGUUAAUUUAAAAUCGAAUACAGCAUUGCGUCGAUUAAAUACUGUUCGUCGGCCACCACAAGCAUUAGAUCAUAAUGGAAAUUCUAUACAAUUAAAGCAAACUGUUCGCUUAUUAGAAAAACCACAUUGUGGAUUAAUUGGUGAAGUGAAACACUUGUAUCGUUCAUGGGCAUUCAUAUAUUGUCGUACACAUUUAGAAAAUGCUGGACUUGUUGUAGCUAAAACUCGUCAACUCUCUGCAUUAACCACUUCACAAGGAGGUAAUGAACAAAGCAAUACAGAAAAUGGUAUUUCAAUGAAAACAAUUACACCUAUCAGUGGUGCAAGAAACUUUGGCGGUAAUAAUGAAGGUGGACGUGGAAAAGGUAGUCGUAACGAACGUCAGCUAGUUGGCAGGACAGCUUUGAUUGUUAAGGGUACAUUAAAAGGUUUAUUGGGUAUUAUAUGUGAUGCAACACCAACGCAUGUAGUACUGGAAUUACAUAGUCAAUUUAAAAAAGUACCUGUUGCACGUGAAAAUAUGGCUUUGUUAGACAGUGGUGGUCGUAUCAUGGAUACACAAUAUGGUGCUACUACACCUCGUAUUACACCAAUGCGUGAAAUGCGUACACCACAAUUGGCAUAUGGUGCUCAAACACCACAUGCAGCAAGUACAACUCCUCGUGGUGACAGUACCCCCUUACCGAGUGCAUUUAAUGCUGGCAUGGCUACACCAAAAAUUAGUAAUCUUGAUGAACCCAUGACUCCAAGUUCUAGCUUUCUGUGGACUUCAAGUGAUCUUCAUCGUAUGUCAAGUUCAAGUACCCAUUCAUUGUCUGAUACUGAAUAG